AUGUCAGACAACGCCGAUGGUGAUUUUGAGGUCUUGGCGAAGAACCAGAUAUGGUUUAAAGAGUAUAAUAACGCCAACUACAAGCUAGUUGCACAAAGAUAUUUUGCUGACUGUGGCAAUUUUGUGCAUCCUCCAUCUUCGGUAAGAACACUUUAUGGUAGCGCUGAGGACCCCACAGCAGCGGUUGGCAACCCCAUGUACGACGGUAGCACAGCUUCGGCAAACAAGGAUAGCAACACUACCCUGUUCGGUAUAUGUUCUAUUUAA